CGAUUCCUUCCAUGUAAGAUUACAGCAGCUUAAAAAAACAGCCAAACAUGUCGGGUUUAUCUUGGUGCCUACUUUUAAGCUUGUUCGGAACAAUGUCAGCUCAGUGUAUCAGCAGUACAGCUUUAAUGUUUGAGAAUAAAUGCUACGAGAUAGUCAAUACGCCAAUGACAUGGCAGGAUGCGAAGAAAUUUUGCGCGAACUUUACUGGAAAAAGAUCACUGGCAAAAGUUUUGACUGCCUCGGAAAUGCUUUUUUUAAAUCGCCCAAGGAAUGUAAAUAGCAACAGAAUGUGGAUCGGAGCAAACGAUAUUGAUGCUGAAGGUAGCUGGGUGUGGUUGGAUAAAACGGCUGUUAAUCUAACGACUCUGUGGUACGGCAACGAACCAAACAACUUAAACGGCAAUGAAGACUGUGCUGAAUUGUUCGUAAAUGGAUUGAUAAACGAUGCGCCUUGCGAUGAUUUGAAACCCUUCAUCUGCAUGGAAGAAGAAAAACAGUCACCAACACCAACCACUGUGGCAUUUACGGCAGGGCUACUGAAAUCAACAGACGCCGUCGCCAAAGACACAAUUAUUUACACUGAAGUUAUAACUAACAUCGGCAACGCUUACAGAAAUACCACGGGUGUUUUUAAAUGUCCAAAGGCUGGUGUAUAUAGCUUUCAAAUUCACGGCGUCGCUAGCAAGGGGAUGGAAAUAGGUAUCUCUCUUACUAAGAAUAAAAUCAGAAUUGUAUCUGUACAAGCCAAGUCUCUCCAGGAACAAUCUGCUGCUGGCAACUCGGCCGUGUUGAUGUUAGAGAAAGGUGACGAGAUUUCCGUACAAGCCACAAGCUGCGGGAGUCUAUACGGUGCUGGCGGUCAGAUCCUCAACACGUUCUCUGGCUUUUUGAUUGCUUAGUCGACAUAAAAACUUA